AUGGUGCGGGAAGUUUUGUGUACUGCUGGCUACGGAAACGAUACUUGUGCCAUCGGCCAGUCGUAUGCCGACAAUUCGAUUCUGACUCUACUUUCAGACGUCUGCUUAUGGAGGGAUCUGUUGGGAAUUCACCCCCACAUGCAUUCCAGCGGCGGCAACUUUGGUGUUGAAAGUACUCUAUCCCCACAAUCCCCACCACAAAUCACCACAAUCUUCUACUUAUUCUUUCUUCUCAGAGGCCAAGUUCUCCCUCUUACUACGGGGGUUUCUAUGCAUCAUGAGCGUCACAUUUGA